AUGGUCACAGUCGGGCAUGACUCUGUGAAGCUUUGGCGAAUGGACGAAACAGCUAACGGAGCUGUCACACUAACUAGCAAAGUUGAAAUACGGGAAUGGAGAACCGCCAUCCAAUCUGCUGAUGUAACAAGCGACGGCAAAUGCGAGUUUUACUGUUUUCGCAUUUGUCUUGUGACAGUUGAUUCGAUGUUUUACGAAAUAAUCCUUGGCGACGAAGGUCCUGUUGUGAUGCCUCACGACUUCGGAGUCAUGGAGGCUUGGCAUGUAAGAAUCGCUAAAAGCAAAACGAACUACAUAACAACUGCCUUUUCUGGUUUUCUUGAAAGAAAUCGCUUCCUGGACAGAUACUUCGCGACACAAGCGUUCCCCGGCGGUCUGCAAAACGUCGGUCACUGCGGCAGUAGCAAUCGUCGCCUGGCAGUGUCAACGUUUGAAGGUGUGCUGCACAUAAUAGAUGCAGCAACGUUGAAAACGGAGACAACUGUAGAAGCACAUUCUAAGCGCAUCCGCGCCCUGGCUUUUUUGCCUGGUGACGAUGAUAUUCUAACUGGAUCUGACGAUAAGACCAUAAAACUUCAUUCGGUAGGAGGCGAGCGAACGAAGUGGCACACGGGUCUACUGCGGACAUCGAAGUUCCGUUUUGUCACUGUCGGUCGAUGA